AUGGCCUCCGAUUUGCUGACUUGUUGGGAUGUGGUGGGUGGCUCGGACAAAGGCGGCAUUCUGGUUCGAGAUGGUUCCAGCACGACCUCGAAGCAGCUCGAGGGGCGGCUCUCGACAGGCUCCCGAGUGGAGGAGUUGGGGCGGAACGGGGACCGCAUCCACUACCGACUUCUUUCCGGCAGCGGCCCGGAGACUGGCUGGGUGAGCAUCAGCCUCAAGGACAAGGAGUUGCUCAGAAAGGCAGCGCCGGUGCAGCAAACCUCAGCAGACGUCGGCUCGGAGACUCAUGCAGAGGCUCUGCCGGCUCAGACUCCGCAGGAACCCAAAGGCGCCGAAGCGGACACUCACCCGGCUGCCGCAGAGGUGGCCAAGCCUACCGCAGGGCAGCUGAGCGAGGAGGAGCUGUCCUUGGCGAAGAGCGCGGAGGCCUGGUGGAUGGAGCCCGCGCGGCGGAAGAUGCCCGCAAGCGUGGAAGCCCAUCUGCUAGACGAUUUUCUGGCCCAGAAGGCAGCAGAGCCUCUUGAGCCGCCAGGGGACUAUCUUGGCGGGCAAUUGCCCGUGAUGCCCCGGACGGUUGGACUGCCAACAUAUGCAGCAGUUCCUGACAAGGCGAAGAAGCUCUUCCCCGAGAAAGCUCGGAAGCCGAUGAUACGGCUUUACUGCUUCCCCGGGGCUGCAGACAACUACAUGCUGUGGCUGGAGCUGGCCACGAAUGCGCCAGAAUGGUGCGAAGUUGCGGUUUAUGAGCCCCGAGCUCAUGGCUUUCGACCCGACGAAGCCUGGGAUCGAAGCUUGGAAGAGCGCGCUGCAGACGCCUUCCGGGUCAUGCGCCCUGCCUUCGAGACACAUGCCAAGGGCGGUGUCUCCGAGGGUGCACCUUUCGGCUUCCUUUCGCACGGAGUUGGUGGCCAGUUCAUGGCUUUGCUCGCUCACCGUCUCAAGCAGGAGCUCAACAUCGAGCCGCUUGUGGUGUUCGCCAACGACGGUGUUCCUCCGAACGUCCCAACCCUUUCAAACGAAGGAUAUCGCAUGCUGUGCGAGGACGUGCUCGGCUUUUACCGGCUUUUCCAGCCAGGUACAAUGGAGCAGUGCCUUUGGCUGCAAGCAGUGCCCGGCCGCCAUGCACCGGAAAGCUUGCUUUUUGAUUAUAUAUAUAUAUAUACGCAUGUAUCUCUAGGUGACACACCGCAAAAAGCCCAGCAUCAUCAGCAUCACGGCGGCUUGCUGCCAGGUGGUCGACGAAUGAAUGCAAUCCUGACAGUGCACAUACUUUUCAAGCCACCGCCACCAACCUAG